AUGAAUGGCGAGAUGAUUGAGAAUGCCAUAAGAAGUGGGAAGAUAGAUGCCGGAGAAAGUAACAAAAGUUCAGCCUCAAGGAAAAAAGAAAACGAGGUGGACAACACGAGUACAUACAACAAAGGUUACUCAAAAUCGAUCACAGUAAAUCAACCAGGAAAGGGGGUUGCCAAUCUGCAAGGUUCAUCAAGGUUCAUCAAUAUAGGUAUUGUCAAAUUUGAUGAUUCAUCCACUAUUGAAAAUCUGCUACCCAAUCAUGCUGUUAAUGGGAUAAACGUGAUGAGUGAAGCCAUGGGGAGAAGAAUUAAGGCCGACAUUGCAAAAGUAAACACUCCUCUAAGAAGGGUUUGGAAGGAGAUGAUCAAAAGGGGAUUAAUUGUUUCAGAUUUAGAGAAAAUAUGUGAAAAUACGAGGAAUUAUUGUGAGUUCCACCAUGAGGAAGGGCACGAAAUCCAAGAGUGUAAAGAAUUCAAAGUCCUAGUUCAAGGCAUGAUGGAUGAGAAGGAAGUGGAAUUCUAUGAAGAAGUGAAGGAGGAAGGAAGUAUUUGUGCAUCCAAGUCUACGAUGAAGGUUUUGGUGGUAAAUCAUCCCGUGGUUAUCAUUUCAAGACCAAAAAAUAAUUAUGCUGGAGUACUAGUAGCACCAAAAAUCACAAUUCAAAAACCCGUAACCUUCCUAUACAAGGAUAGCAAGAAGGUCUCGUGGAACUAUGAGUGUAAUGUAACCAUCCCGGGAAGGGAGACUUCAGCAAGUGCUUCAAAAGAAGAUCAGGGUAUAGGUUCUCAUACAUGUAGUGGGAAACAUUACGACAUGAUAAGUCCCGAAAUAGAAGUUAUAAAAGGGCAGGCAAUGAUAGAACAAAAGAAAGGGGAAGUAGUCGAGCCCGUUAACGAGCCAUUGCAUAAACAUCCAGCUCGCAUAUCCAUGCUAGCUUUGCUCUUGAGUUCAGAGGUACAUCGAAGCGCGUUGCUGAAAGUGUUGAAUGAAAUAUAUGUCGCCAAUGAUAUCUCUAUCAAUAAACUAGAUCGGUUGGUCAGCAAUAUAAGUGUUGAUAACUUCAUCUUCUUCAAUGAUGAUGAAAUACCACUUGGAAGUAUGGGGUCUACUAAAGCUUGCACAUUACUACCCGAUGCAAAGGGUACAGCUUACCUGGGGUUGCCAGUGGAUAGCUCGCGUAUGAAGUCGUGCCAGAAUAUAGUAAGAGCAUUUGAUGGCACUGAAAGGAGGGUUAUGGGAAUAAUUGAAAUACCAUUAUUAAUAGGUCCAACUAUCUAUGAGGUAGACUUCCUUGUAAGGGACAUCAGGCCUUCCUACAAUUGUUUGUUAGGAAGACCAUGGAUACAUUCGGCAGGGGUCGUACCUUCAUCAUUAUAUCAAAAGCUGAAGCUGAUAUCAGAGGGUCAAUUGGUGACAAUAAAUGCCGAGGAGGAUAUUAUAGCGGUCGUAACCAGUGAUGCGCCAUACUUAGAGACAAAUGAUGAGGAAGUUGAAUGUUAUUUUCGGUCUUUGGAGUUUGUGAAUGCAAUAUUUAUUACUGAGGGGAGCAGGAUUCUGGUGCCAAAAAUGUCCAAGGCUACAAUAAUGGGUCUACAGUUGAUGGUGGGAGGAGGAGCCUUAUUGGGAAAAGGACUAGGUAGAAAUAUUCAUGGAAGAGUUGAGGCUCCAAUGCUAAAGGACAAGUAUGACCAUUUUGGAUUAGGGUACAAGCCAAAUACAAGACAAAGAAGGAAGGAGUUAGAGAAGAGGCAAGAAAGAAGAAGGGCACGCAUGAGUGGGGAGGAAAUCAAGUGGGAACCAAUGAUAUUCCCCCGUAUAUCUAAAAAUUUUGUGUUAGGAGGGAUUAUUCACCCCGAGCGAAAGACACUAAUGGGAGAAAGUAUUGACGGAAUGUUGGGAAACGUUCAUAUCAAUGCCAUUCAUGAAGAAAGAACUGAAGGAGGGACCUUGUUAGAUAUCCGCCCUUAUGAACCUUGGAGCGUGCUGAGCAAUUGGACUGCUGAAGAAAUCCCUGUAGUAUUUAGAGCUUACUUCGAGUAA